AUGGCUACCUCUCUUCGAAUCGGUACCACCGCCCUGCGGUCUUCGGUCGCGAAGCCCGUGCAGACCGCCGCCUUCAACGGCCUGCGCUGCUACUCCUCUGCAAAGGCCAAGUCCCUCAAGGACACCUUCGCCGAUAACCUGCCGGCCGAGAUUGAGAAGGUCAAGAAGCUCCGCAAAGACUACGGUAACAAGGUCAUUGGCGAGGUCACCCUGGACCAGGCCUAUGGCGGUGCCCGUGGCAUCAAGUCCCUCGUCUGGGAGGGCUCCGUCCUCGACUCUGAGGAGGGUAUCCGUUUCCGUGGCCGCACCAUUCCCGAGAUCCAGAAGCUCCUGCCCAAGGCCCCCGGUGGCGAGGAGCCCCUGCCCGAGGGUCUCUUCUGGCUGCUGCUGACCGGCGAGAUCCCCUCCGAGCAGCAGGUCCGCGACCUUUCUGCCGAGUGGGCUGCGCGCGCCGACAUCCCCAAGUUCCUGGAGGAGCUCAUCGACCGCUGCCCCAGCGACCUACACCCCAUGGCCCAGUUUUCGCUGGCCGUGACCGCCCUGGAGCACGAGUCGGCCUUUGCCAAAGCCUACGCCAAGGGCAUCAACAAGAAGGACUACUGGAGCUACACCUUUGAGGACUCGAUGGACCUGAUCGCCAAGCUGCCCACCAUUGCCGCCAAGAUCUACCGUAACGUCUUCAAGGACGGCAAGGUCGCCGCCGUCCAGAAGGACAAGGACUACUCGUUCAACCUGGCCAACCAGCUGGGCUUCGGCGGCAACAGCGACUUCGUGGAGCUGAUGCGCCUGUACCUGACCAUCCACUCCGACCACGAGGGUGGCAACGUCAGCGCCCACACCACCCACCUGGUCGGUAGCGCCCUGAGCUCGCCCAUGCUCUCGCUGUCCGCCGGUCUCCAGGGUCUGGCCGGUCCCCUGCACGGCCUGGCCAACCAGGAGGUGCUGAACUGGCUCACUAAGAUGAAGUCCGCCAUCGGCAACGAUCUGAGCGACCAGUCGAUCAAGGACUACCUGUGGUCCACCCUGAACGCCGGCCAGGUCGUGCCCGGCUACGGCCACGCUGUGCUGCGUAAGACUGACCCGCGCUACGUCUCGCAGCGCGAGUUUGCCCUGCGCAAGCUGCCCGAUGACCCCAUGUUCAAGCUGGUCAGCCAGGUCUACAAGAUCGCCCCCGGCGUUCUGACCGAGCACGGCAAGACCAAGAACCCCUUCCCCAACGUUGACGCGCACUCCGGUGUCCUCCUGCAGUACUACGGUCUGACCGAGGCCAACUACUACACCGUCCUGUUCGGUGUCUCGCGUGCUCUGGGUGUCCUGCCCCAACUGAUCAUCGACCGUGCCCUGGGCAUGCCCAUUGAGCGCCCCAAGUCGUUCAGCACCGAGGCCUAUGCCAAGCUGGUUGGUGCCAAGCUCUGA